UCCGGUUUCCUCCCACAGUCACAAAGAUGUGCGGGUCAGGUGAAUUGGCCAUGCUAAAUUGCCCGUAGUGUUAGAAUCAAAGCUCACGAUAAGCAUCAUCAUGUGUUCCCUCUCAAUCCUCAACUUGUUACUGUACUUGCUGUUCACCGUGAGAAGGGCCUGCUGUCCUUUCCAGGACUCCAUCAGGCAACUGAACACAGAGUUUGCUCGAAACCUUUACCGAAAAUUGACAGAGGGCGAGGAAUAUCGCAACAUCAUCAUAUCCCCAGCAGGGGUCAGUAUCGCACUAGAACUGCUGCAGUUGGGAGCGAAAGGAAACACCUUCAUGCAGUUGGAAAACGCAUUGGGAUACACUGUUCACGACGCGGGGGUGCGGCGUCUCUUGCGGAGUGUGUCCGGGGACCUGGCGAACUCCACCCUCAGCCCCGCAGUCCGAGUAGCCUGUGGCCUCUUUGUGGGGGCCAGCACGCAGCUUUCUUCUCGUUUCUCGGACGACACAGCCGCCUGGCUAAACGGGAGCUUACACCGAGUGAAUCUCAGCAAUCCCAACGAAACGGCAUUGCUGAUCAACAAGUGGGUCACCACCAAGAGUCAAGGUGAAAUUAAAGAUUUCAUGCCACAACCCAUGGCAAGUGCAUCACUUACACAGAUUGCUGUUAUUAGCACCAUGUAUUUUAAAAGCACGUGGGAGAAUCCAUUUUCAACAUUGCAGACCCAGCAGCUCUCAUUCACCAGGGCAGAUGGCUCUGUCAUUAAAGUGCCCAUGAUGUAUCAAACUUCAGCAGUAAACUAUGGCCAAUUUAAGACUGGGAGUAAUCAGAGGCUUAAAGUGAUUGAACUCACCUACCAGGAACAUGCAGUAAGCAUGCUCAUUGUCAUUCCCAGUGAAAGAGAAAACCCCAUCUCCUCUGUAGAACCACAAAUCACAGCUCACACACUGUCAGCAUGGACAAAUAGCAUGAGAAGAAUGAAAAUGGAAGUUUUCUUACCCAAAUUUAAAGUUCAAAGUAAGUUCAACCUUAAGACAGUACUGAGCACUCUGGGAAUCACUGACAUUUUUGAUCCUACCAAAGCAGACUUCAGUGGAAUUUCUGAGCAGGAGAAGCUGUUUGUUUCUGAAGCUAUCCACGAAGCAAAAAUAGAAGUAACAGAGGAUGGCACCGAAGCAGCAGCUGCUACAGCUGUGGUUUUAUUGAAAAGGUCUCGAGCCCUGGCUUUUAAGGCUGACAGGCCAUUUUUCUUUCUCCUGCGGCAGACCACAGGAAGAAUUCUUUUCAUGGGCCGGGUAAUGGAUCCUCUCGAGUAAAUACAUUUCCAAGUGUUUUACUCCGCCUGGUCUGAACGUACAAAUAAGAUUUCUGGCCUUGGAGAAAUUUAUAGUCCUCUAUUUAUGAACUAGAUAUCUUGUCAACUUGAACAGCAAAUAAUAAUCUACCUUAGAGUGAUUAUACAUUAACGAUGCAGAAUUUUUGUGAAAUGAAUUUGGAGUGACAGACUGAGUUUGUAUACAUGUACAGCCAUCCUUAUUUAAAUUACAGCAUUGUGAUACUAAAGAGUGCAACUAACAUGUGCACAGGAGAUGACGAGUCCCAUACACCAAUAUAGUGUCAGAUGACUUCUGAUUUUUCAGCACUUGUUAAUAGCAUUUGACACCUGAACAUGAAACGGUAGUAAAAUAAUAGAGCCACAGGAAUUUUAAAUG